AUCCAUGUUCAAUUGGGAUUAGCAACCAGAAGUGGAUUGAUUCUGGAGCAGGAUCUGGAUUGACGCUGGGACAGGGAGAAGCUGCUCAAAGGCAGGUUGGAUUUAUGGUUGGCCUUGAACUUCAUCUGGGUCAGCAGCGGAAUACAGAUUUCCAAGUGCUCCCUGAUCUCAAUGUUGCCACUUUGACCUCCUCAACGUUUGCCCCUCGGAAGUCAUGGAACCUAGAGUACCAUCCCCCAUCCGUCUGUGGAGCCCACGUCCUUUUGGUACUUAUACUUCUAAUUGCCACUCGAGUGGCAAGGGAGGUAAUAGUGACGAAAGUAUUGAAGGUGCGAAGCCACCAGAAGAAGAAGUCCCUUCUUCUGAUGUUCCCCAUUGUCAGAAAGGCGAUGACCGUGUACUGUUGGAUACUUGGUAUGUUAUCAAGCCAGGGAACACAAAGGAGAAGGUGGCGUUCUUUGUGGCUUAUCAGUGUGCAGAAGGUGGAGCGUCAUCGCGGCCAGGUGGCGCAAAGGUUAAAGGUCGCUGGAGCGCAGGGGGCAGCUCCAGGGCUAAGCGGCGACGCCACGCAAUCGAUCCGGAAGCUCCUCCGUCGGUAGCUGAAAUGGUGGCCUUGGCAGAAAGUCGCGCUGCCGAGGAACUGCCGCCAAGACCUCCCCUGGUUUUGGUGACAUCCUCAGAAGAUGGAGAAGAAAGCCGUUGUCGGAGUGUGGCAGAGGCAGUUGCGCAGUAUGAGGCCGAGCACGCAGAGCGGGAGGUCCGCAUUGCCUUUAGAGUGGCUGAACGACCUGGGGACCCCAUUACUUGUGACCUUUAUCAGUUGUUAAGCCCCGAACCGCACCGUGUCUGUGUCCUGUUAGAAAAGAUGGAGGCUUCUCAGGCCGAGCAGGAGGAAGAAGAGAAUGCCACCGGUUCUGCUUCUGGGUUUCAUGUGGACCUCGUGUUGACAGGUGCUGUAGACCGCUGUGUCUUCUAUGGAGGGGAAGCAGGGGAAACAGAACCUUUACCUGGCCAGCUCUUCUUCCCACGCCUCUCCCCUGCCCCACCUCCACCCCCGCCUCCACCACCACCCGCGCCGCCACUCUGCCGCCUCUACCGUCAUGUAUCCCAUGACUUUCUCGAAAUCCGGUUCCAGGUGCAACGGCUCCUCCAGCCACGGCUCUGUCUCUCGCUUUUGCCGGACCAUGUCCUCCUGGUUAUUUUCGGCUACUUAUCCACACAGACUCUAGCCGCCGUGAAGUGCGCAUGCCGGCGUUUUAAGGCAUUAAUUGAGGACUACGGGGUAAGACCGUGUGAUUCACGUUGGAGCAGGGACCCCCUGUAUCGCGAUGACCCCUGUAAACAAUGCAAGCGUCUUUACAAGAGGGGGGACGUCUCUAUGUGCAGGUGGCACCCAAAGCCCUACCACCACGACCUGCCUUACGGGCGAUCCUACUGGAUGUGUUGUCGCAAGCCGGACAGAGCAGCUCCGGGAUGCCAGUUGGGACUACAUGACAAUAACUGGGUGCUACCGGGAGAGGGCACUCGGGGGAGGGGAAGAGGACACCGGGAGGGGGACGAAAGCAGGUGAAACGAGGAGAACCGGGGAGGGAGGGGGCUGUGGCAUUUGGAAAUCUGAAUAAAAGGGAUUAUUUAUAAAUUCA